GCGAACGGUUGGCCGGUACGGACGCGAAACUCGGAAAGUGACUUGUGCAUUAGUGAGAAAGAAACGAACCCCCCUUUGGAUUACCAGUUGGAGAGAAGUUAAAGUGUUGGGAUUUUUUUCUAUUUUUUGUUGAAUUUAAGUUUUUUCUUGUUUUUUUUUAACUCAAGGAAAUAAAGUUUCUCUCAUUUGUGAACCCAAAUUGUAUAUCAGAAAAACAGUGAAACACGGUAAAAUUUAAAAAAAAAAUCCUUCAAAAAAUGUCCCACCAAGGUGAUCAUGAGUAAAUCCCAAGCCGCCGAGAAAAAGUGUGCAAAAUUUCCCAAACUAUCCUGCGCUGGUCUGUUUCUGCUGCUAUGCUUCUCCCAACUGGCCAUCACCGCCGUUCGGGGGGCCAUUCCGGUGGUGCGGCCGGACCGGACCGGCCCCAACCGGUACGGGACUAAGAACUUUGUGUACCAAAGCGAUUCGCGCACCAGCCAGGCCGUCAAGGAUGCGUUCCAGGAGAAGCUGGCCAACGAGCUGAAGGGCCGGAUGCUCAAAGUGACCACGCUGGAGGACUGGCCCCUCAGCUACACGGAACGUAUCAACGGAACGCUGAUCGGGCGCGGCGUGGCCUUCGAGAUGCUCGAGUUCCUGAUGGAGAAGUUCAAGUUCAACUACACGCUGGUCAUGCCGGAACACAACAUCGUCGGCUCGAGCGACGACAUGGACGGAAGCAUCAUCGAGCUGCUGGCCAACGAGAAGGCGGACAUUGCGGUGGCCUUUCUGCCCAUUCUGGCCGACGCCCGCCAGCACAUCCUGUACUCCACGGGCCUGGACGAGGGCGAAUGGAUGAUGAUCAUGAUCCGUCCGCUGGAGUCGGCCAGUGGUUCGGGGCUGUUGGCGCCCUUCGAUCGGGACGUUUGGAUUUUGAUUCUGGUUUCGCUGCUGGCCGUGGGUCCGAUCAUUUACGGACUGCUCGUCAUCCGGUACUAUCUAACCAAGGACUCGGAACAGGUUCGGUACACGCUGCCGCACUGCAUCUGGUUCGUGUACGGCGCGCUCAUGAAACAGGGCAGCACCCUGUCCCCGACCGGAGAUUCGACCCGCAUCCUGUUCGCCAGCUGGUGGAUCUUCAUCACGAUCCUGACGUCGUUCUACACGGCCAACCUGACCGCGUUCCUGACCCUGUCCAAGUUCACGCUGCCCAUCAACAACGCCGAGGACGUGCGCCGGAAAGAAAAAAACUUUGUAACCAUUCGCGGCAACGCCAUCGAGUACGCCAUCAAGAACAGCGACGAAGCGCUCAACUCGCUGAGCGUCCUCGUGGACAAGCACCUGGUCGAGUUCACGACGAACCUCAACGACAGCGACAUCCUGAUGACGACGGUGGCCAAGAAGAACUACGUGUACGUCCGUGAUCGGCCCGCCAUCGAGCACCUCGUGUACAACGACUACCUAGUGCGGCGCAAGGUCAACCCCAUCAACGAGCGCAGCCACUGUCCGUUCGCGACCGCCACGACACCCUUCCUGAAGCGCGUCCGGGCCUUCGCGUACCCCAACUCGACCCGCUGGAACGCCCUGUUUGAUCCGCAACUUCUCAACAUGGUCGAAGGAGGCCUGAUCAAGUUCAAGCUGUUGGAGAAUCUGCCCAAGGCCGAGAUUUGCCCGCAGAACUUGGGCGGCACUGAGCGUCAGCUGAAGAACCGCGAUCUGGUCAUGACCUACUUGGUUAUGUUGACCGGGUUCUGCACGUCGAUCGCCGUGUUCUUCUCGGAGAUGUUCGCCCGCAUCAUGAACGAGCGCAAGCUGGCCAAGGAGCUGAAGGAACUCAACGGACCCGGACUCAAGCUGCCCCCGGAGAAGAUCACCUACCUGAGCAAGGGGGUGUCGGACUCACCGCCGCCGCCGUACGCGGAGAUCUUCAGCCGGCACACCAGUGGCAUGAUCGGUGCCAAGGGAAUGUUCGGCAGUCAGAUCGUUACGGACGGGGACGCGGCGCGCCAGAUGAUCAACGGCCGGGACUACAUGGUAGUCAAGGAGAAGAACGGCAUCGGGUCGCAGCUGAUUCCGAUGCGGGCCCCGUCGGCGGCGAUCUUUCAGUACACGUACACCAAUUAAGGUCGGAUUUUCGGUUUUUUGCUCAAGUCAACGGAUUAAUUCUUGCGGAAAGUGGAACAUAUUUUUUAAGCGAAGAUUAUUAUUCAUUUACAGUGCAAGUUUAUGAAUCUAACCUUGAAAGUUUUUUUUUUUUCAAUAGAAUAUGAAAAUAGAAAAGCAUAUGCAUUAAACAGUGAAAUUCUUUUGAAACAAUUUAAAAAGUUUUGUUUGCAGUUUGUUUAAAAAUAAUGCGUUAAUUGUCGUUUGUUGAUUGUAUU